AUGUACGAACCAGUAAUCGAACAUGGAUUGGUCUGUUUGCUUGGAGUAGACUCUGAAAGUAGUUGGUUUCGUAUAUGGAAUCCAGCCACUGGUAUAAUAUCUGAAAAAUUAGGAUCUUUUAAAGAGCCUCGCAACGGUUCAUAUUGCAGUCGUAGCUUCACAUUUGGGUAUGAUAAUUCAACUGGAACUUAUAAGGUGGUGUUCAUAUGUUAUAGUAAACUGAAAGUUUUCAGUUUGAAGGAUAAUAUUUGGAGAAAAAUUUCAAGGUUUCCUCCUUUUGACCAUGCCAUUCCUCUUACCUUUAGUAACAAUGAAGGAGUGUAUUUGAGUGGCACAGUUAAUUGGUUUGCCAUUCGAAAUAAGGCCAUUUAUAAUUCUUAUAAUAAGGAUAUUACCGUUGAGCAAUUCAUGAUUAUCUCCCUUGAUCUUGGUACUGAGACAUACAAGCAAUUUCAGACCCCUCGGGGUGUUGAUGAAGUGCCAGAUAUUGAACCGACUAUUGCUGUGUUGAUGGACUGCCUUUGUUUUUCUCACUAUAUCAAGAGAACUCAUUUUGUUAUAUGGCAGAUGUCGGAAUUUGGAGUCGAACAAUCUUGGACUCAAUUCAUCAAAAUCAGUUUUGAGAAUGUUCAAGUAGAUGAUAGGUUUAGUGACUGGAAUCGUUAUCAAUCGUUUAUGUUCCCAUUGUGUCUUUCUGAGAAUGGUGACAUACUAAUACUGAUUUCUCAAUAUCACAAAGCAAUUCUCUAUCAUUUGAAAGAUAAUAGAGUAGAGCAGGCUAGUGGUAAUGAAAUACCAUGGAAAUUCUUCAAGGAUUACGUUGAAAGUUUGGCUUCAAUUUGUUGA